CAGCCGAUACUUUACUGUCCCGUUCCUCUGCUUUCCCUUUCACGCAGUAGACACGAACUCUUACUCUCACACUGUCUCUUGUCAGGAAAUUCUCACUCUUAUAAAUGGCUCUUUCUUCUUCUUCAACUUCUCUGGCCGGCGGUUCAAUUGCUUCACCCGAACUCAAAGCUCCAUUAUUUGGUUCAGUUUCCCAAUCACUUGGAUGGAUGUUUGCAAAAGGGGUAGGCAAUUCCUACCAAAGACAUUGCAUAAUGAAACCAGUUUGUAUGAAGCCAAAAAAGAAUUACUCAAUUGUUCCCUUUGCUGCUAUUACGGUUGGUCCAGAAGUUGAUGCGACGGAGAAUGAGGAUUAUGAGAAACUGACAAAGGAGAUGGAAAAUUCUUCUCCACUUGAAAUAGUGGACAAGGCUCUCGAGAAAUUUGGCCAUGAUAUUGCCAUUGCCUUCAGUGGAGCUGAGGAUGUCGCCUUGAUUGAGUAUGCCAAAUUAACUGGGAGGCCUUUCCGGGUGUUCAGUCUUGAUACUGGGAGGCUAAAUCCAGAAACGUAUGAGGUCUUCAGCACUGUUGAGAAGCAUUAUGGCAUUCACAUUGAGUACACGUUCCCAGAUGCUGUUGAAGUUCAGGGACUGGUAAGGAAUAAGGGUCUCUUCUCUUUUUAUGAAGAUUGGCACCAGGAGUGUUGCAGAGUCAGGAAAGUUAGGCCCCUUAGGAAGGCCCUUAAAGGUCUCCGAGCUUGGAUCACUGGACAAAGGAAAGAUCCGUCCCCCGGCACAAGGGCAGAUAUUCCGAUUGUUCAAGUCGAUCCCUCCUUUGAAGGAAUGGUUGGGGGAAUCGGUAGCUUGGUGAAGUGGAAUCCCAUGGCCAACAUGGAAGGCCAUGAAGUAUGGAGCUUCCUUCGAGCCAUGAAUGUUCCUGUCAACUCUUUGCAUGCACAAGGUUAUAUUUCAAUUGGAUGUGAGCCAUGCACAAGGCCAGUUCUGCCAGGACAACAUGAAAGGGAAGGUAGGUGGUGGUGGGAGGAUUCCGAAGCUAAAGAGUGUGGCCUUCACAAGGGGAACAUCAAGCAGAUAGAGGUGCCUGAACUUAGUGGCACUGAAAAUGAAUCAAAUGUUGUCCAGAGAAAUGGAAAUUCCACACGCGCUGACCUUUUUAAUAGUCAGAACUUGGUGGCAUUGAGUAGAACUGGAAUAGAGAACUUGGCUAGACUGGAUAAUCGGAGAGAAUCGUGGCUUGUAGUUCUAUAUGCGCCCUGGUGCCGCUUCUGCCAGGCAAUGGAAGAAUCCUACUUAGAACUUGCUGAAAAGUUGGCUGGGACUGGAGUGAAGGUGGGGAAAUUCAGGGCUGAUGGUGAUCAGAAGGCAUUUGCCCAACAAGAACUGCAGCUCGGCAGCUUUCCUACAAUUUUGUUUUUCCCAAAACACUCAUCGAAGCCCAUCAAGUAUCCUUCGGAGGAUAGAGACGUUGGCUCAUUGAUGACUUUUGUGCAAGCCCUUAGGUAAUUGAUAUGCAGUUUCUUCUAGUUAAUACGGUGUCUCUCUUCUUAUGAUAGUACCAGAAUGCACUGUCGUAAAUUGUAAAUAGCUUUCUUUAGAAGUUAGGACAUUGAUACUUUUUUUUCUCUUCGACUGCCUCCUUAACUUGUAGACAUCUUAAUUUCCGUGGUUUUGGGUGCUUGCAAAUUGUCUUGGAUUGAUAUUUCGUCAAUCCUUCCUUUUCCUUGGUUCAAAGUUUAAGGAAUAACAUUAAAUUAACCAGUAAC